UGAAAGAGGAGGGACCUGAGACUUCAGUUUGCGUUUCACUGUGCGAACUGAAGGGCGCUCACGCUCGGCUCUCCUGGACUGACCGCUGAGCCACGGAACUAGUUUGCGCUGACAUCGCCUUCACACGUUAAACUCCCGCAACUGUGCCCACCGCCGACAGCGGACGUUCGGUAAACCCGGUGAAGCCUAGAAGUUGUCCGUUUCUUCCUAAAGCGCCACUCUUCCAUGCGAGGAUGUGAAUUUCCACGGGAGGAUCCAGAGUCGUGCCAUGGUGUUGACCCGCGCGCUCCUCACAGACAUGGGCCGCUCCGCAUCUACGGGUACAUGAAUCUGAGUUCCACCGGCCAGAUGCCUGAGAUGGAAGAAGUAGAUACCAAUGAGAGCAACUGGUUGGCGAAGAGGAUUGCUCUCAUCAGCUUCCUGUCACUGGUCAUGCUCAUGAGCGUCCUGGGCAACCUGCUGGUUAUGGUGGCCGUCUGCAAAGACCGGCAGCUCAGGAAAAUCAAAACCAACUACUUCAUCGUCUCGCUGGCGUUUGCUGACCUGCUGGUGUCAGUGCUGGUGAUGCCGUUCGGUGCCAUAGAACUGAUCCAUCAGAACUGGAUCUACGGAGAGACCUUCUGCCUGGUCCGCACCUCUCUGGACGUGCUGCUGACCACCGCCUCCAUCCUACACCUGUGCUGCAUCUCUCUCGACAGGUACUAUGCCAUCUGUUGCCAGCCGCUGGUCUACAGGAAUAAGAUGACACCACUAAGAGUGGCUCUAAUGAUCGGAGGAUGCUGGAUAAUCCCGACCGUUAUUUCCUUCCUACCCAUAAUGCAAGGCUGGAACAGUAUUGGAAUAAAUGAUUUGAUAGAGAAGCGGAAGUUCUCUGGAAACUCCACGGUGUGUGUGUUUAUGGUGAACAAGCCGUAUGCGCUGACCUGCUCAGUCGUGGCCUUCUACUUACCGCUGGUCCUGAUGGUGCUGGCGUACCAGCGCAUCUAUGUCACGGCGCGAGCACAUGCUCGACAGAUCAACAUGCUGCAGCGUGCCGGAGGAGCAGGGAACGCGAACAGCGCGGACCACCAACGAAACCACCGCAUGCGCACCGAGACCAAGGCGGCCAAGACUCUGUGCAUCAUCAUGGGCUGCUUCUGCCUGUGCUGGGCCCCUUUCUUCAUCACGAACGUGGUGGACCCCUUCAUAGACUACAGUGUUCCUGAGCAGCUGUGGGUGGCCUGCCUCUGGCUGGGCUACAUCAACUCCAUGCUCAACCCCAUCCUUUACGCCUUCCUCAACAAGUCCUUUCGCCGUGCCUUCCUCAUCAUCCUCUGCUGCGGACAAAAGCGCUACCGCCGACCUUCCAUCCUGGGCCCUGGAGCGACCUGCACAGCCACGCAGAUCAACGGCUCGACACACGUCCUGAAAUAUUCAGUUCUUCACAAUGGAAAGCAUACUGAACAGGAGAAACUGUCAAUACAGAACGACACAGAGUCCCAGGAGUCAUGUUUCUGACACAGGCCAGCCUCUAAUGAGGAACAUGACUGGAAGGUGCCAUUUCUCACCGCCCUGCCUGCAGCUCAGACCCGACCAGAGCCUUCAACGAGUCGAGGACAGGGAGCUGGACUGAACUAUAUGCUCAAAGAGCUGCUGAACAAUGAGGGAAAGAACAAUUUUGCCAAAGGUAUCUGGUCUGUGUUCUAGGAUACAAAUUUCCAUUGCAAAGGAAUGUUGGUAAGGGUUUUCCCAAUGUGUUUGUUUCCUUUUGGUUCUCCUGGGAAUACUAUUUCCAAACCAAAAACACGUCAUUCAAGCUUUAUCCAGAGAGGCUUUUAUUAGCUCUAGAGUCAGAAUAACACUUCCUGAAAGCUACGGCACAAGUGCUGAACAGAUAAGAUGACACUUAAAAGAAAGAUUUAUUUUUAUUCUAUAAAGGAAAAAAUAAAUUCAAACCACAGUAUUAAGAGUUGGGAGCAUUGCUGAGCGAUUUCUCCAAUUUCUAUUUUUUAAUUGUUCCAUUAAUGAAUUUGAAUAAUGAAUCUAAUAUAGGAUUGUCACAUAAAUGUAAAUGUUAAAAACAACAGGCCUAUUUCAAAAAUGUUUGGAAUCCUGAUUCCACCACUGAAUUAAAAAAGUGAAUUAUCUCACAGUUCUGACUUUUUUUUUCAAGAUGUAAACUUGCAAUUGUUAAAGAAAGUAAGAAUUAUGUUAUAUCUGAUUUCUCAGAAUUGCAAGAUAUAAACUUUUUUUCUUGUAAUUGCAACUCUGUAUCUCGCAUUUCAUUGGCAAGUAUUUUCCCCCCUCAGAGCUGGACUUUAUAAUUGCGAAUUUAUAUCUCACAAUUCUGAGAAAAGAAGUCAAAACUGCUAGAUAAAAACUUGCAUAUUCAUCUACUUGCAGUUUAUGUCACGCAAUUCUGAGAAAAACAUAUAUAUUUUUUUUUUAUUAGUGUCGGAAACAGGCUCCCAUAAAAAUUUGCCCCGAGAUUCUUCAAGAUGAUUUAAUAAAAACACUGCCUUUUAGACUUUAUACAAAGGAUUUUGACAGGAAAUUAACUUUAGUUUUCUUCUAGCCAUGAAAUCUGGCUAGAGGAAAACAUAAAAUCUCCAUUUUCUUACUGUGAAAUCUCAUUUAUGUAGUAUAAGAGAAGUUCUUUGGAGAAUGAAAUGCACUACUCAAAUUCUGGCUGAUGUAAUUUGGCUUCUUGUAAACCUCUCUAAAUACACAGAUCCACAGGUGACCGUUCUCAAUCAGGUCAGCUCUAUGCUUCACAUGCAUCACUAAAUGCAUCCAUUUGCACGAUGGUUUCCUCCUCUGCCGUGAUUCACUGGCAUAAACAGCACAGUGUUUUUCUGAGAGCGCUACAGCUACAUGAUGCCUGCUGACUGAGAAUGUGUCAGGCCACUCCAAACAAAACCUCUGCUGACAGCAACCAGGGCCAUUUCUCCCAGAUACUGUCUUAAAGUGUUUUAGCCUUACUGCAGAUGACCAUUGCUUACUGCAAGACUGAAAUCUCUGAAAUUACCUUUAGUGGUCCUUUUAGGUUCUUAAAGGCAUAGUUCAUCCAGUAAUUAUAAAAUGUAUUAUUUAUUCACCCUCGUGUUAUUUCAAACCAUGUUAGCUUCUGGGAAACAAAAGGCCAUUUAUAUUUUUUUUAAAAGGCAAAAACCAGUGGUAUCGAUGUGAAAUCCAUAAAAUUAAGAAUUAAUUGAGAAUUGAGCUGAGCUUCAUACAUUUCUACACUUUUGACAAUGAAGUUUUUUGCCUUAAAAAAAAUUGCCAAAAUGUUGUAAUGACAAUAGGAGGAAAUGUGUGUGUGCUGCCAACUUAUAUAAACUAAUCUGUUAUUACUCAUGCAUAAAAAUGACAUGCUACAUAAUGCUGAGCUAACAACAAAUUUAACAUAAACAGUUGAAUGAGUCUUUUAUGACUAGUUCCACAAUGUUCUGAAAUGUUCCAGAAGGCACUAGAAUGUUACAGAAUGUUACCGAAACUUC